AUGGACAUUGUCGCGAGCGUGCUCGCAUGUGCUCGUCGAUUGUUGCUUGCGCUGCAGAGCAGGAAGAAGAACUGCGAAUGCGAAUGCAAAAAGGAAGGCAAGCAUAAAACAAGAAGGACAACGGAGGAGAGGCAACGCAAGCGGCGGAGCAAGGAGUGGGAGGGAUGGGAGGGAUGA